AUAGGAUUGUCACGUGGCCCUGUAUAUCCCAAAGGUGCUAACGUAAUAAAUAGCGAGGACAGCCGACGACGUCUUUAAGACAUUUCAAGACACACGAAGUAAGUUGUGGAUUUUGUUAUAGAAACCGGUGUUAGAUAAAGGGAACCGUGAAGAAGACACACCCUAACGCCAACAUGUUGUCAGUAGUACUGGUAACCGCCUUAAUCCUGGCAGUUGGUGCCCAGACAACAGAGGAAACAAUUGAAGACAGGCCAGGCACUUACAUGAUAUCAUUUGUAAAGAAGAUACGACCUGGUGUAAAUUUAGAUGUAGAAGUUAAUAUAUUAUCUGCUACUAGCCCUGUUAAUCUUCAGAUUAACCUGGUUAAUGUUACUGAUGGUAAAGCUUUAGAUGCUGGAUUACUAAACACAUUCAAUCAAGGUGUGUCACGUAUCCAGUAUCCGAUUCCCGGUGAUUUAAAAAGAAACAGUUGGCGAGGUUAUAGGUUAAACUUUACAGCUACUGGUGGUUUAACUUUUAAUGAUAGUGCCACUUUAGAUUUCGACAGCCAAAAUAUGUCCGUCUUUAUACAGACCGAUAAAGCUAUGUAUAAACCCGGUCAAACAGUCAAAUUUCGAAUAAUGGCGGUUGAUUCAUUAUUAAAGGUUUUAACCUUACCAAUGGAUGUGUUUAUAUAUGAUCCACAAAACAAUAGAAUAAAACAAUGGUUGAAAAAGGUAGGAACAGCUGGGCUGAUAGAAGAAGAAAUGGUCACAUCGACUGAACCACUCAUGGGAGACUGGAAAAUCAAAGUUCAAGCCAACGGCCAAGAAGAAGAGAUAACUUUCACAAUUGCUGAAUAUGUUUUACCCAAGUUUGAAGCGAAUCUCGAAUUACCUAGUUUUGGAUUUGUUAAUGAUACAUCUAUUACCGGAAAAGUAACAGCCAAAUAUACAUUUGGCAAACCAGUAACCGGCUCUGUUAAACUUGUCGCUAAUUUAAAAUAUUGGAGGGGAUGGUGGCGUAAUGACGGAACAAAACCACCACAAAUAGUGAGAUCCUUGAUGAUGAAAGAUGGCACAGUCGACUUUACUCUGGGUAUGAAUGAAGUUAAAAAUCUGGUUGUUUUAAAUAAUCCCAACAGUACAUACCCAUAUUCACUGAGUUGGGAAACAUUGGAAGUAAAGGCCAACGUUACUGAAACUAUCACAGGAAACAAGAUGUCAGCUGAGGGAGAUUUACAGUUCUUUGAUAAUCCUAUUAAAAUGAAUUUUAUGAGCAAUUUACCCAGAACCUACAAACCCGGUUUAAAAUAUACGGCAAUUUUACGGGUAACACGACAAGAUGACAGUCCUAUAUUAAAACCAGGCAAAGUUAAAAUAAAUGUCACAUACGACGUGGAAAAACCCAGAACUACAACUACAUCCACAACCACAACACCCGCUCCCAAAACUAAAGAGCCGAGUUUUAUCAUACCACCAACAGACACUUUAGAACCCUUUACGCCUAACAGAUUACAAACGAUUGACCUGGUUGGGUUCCCAUCCUAUUAUUACCCAACGUAUGACACUAAAACUCUAGAGGCCAAGUUCCAUGAUGUUGGUGUAGACGGUUUUGUCAAGAUCACUGUCGAUGUGCCUUCCGUGGCUUACAGAAUAUCAUUGAAGGCGGAAGGAUUUGAAACCAGUUCGUAUUUAUCAGCAUCCAGAUCUUAUUCUCCAAGUGAAAAUUACAUUCAGAUCUCUAUGUUAACUCAAUCACCAAAGGUUGGUGUUUCUGCAGCUUUUGAGUUGAAAUCUACAGAACCAUUAUCAAGUUUCACAUACCAGGUUCUUGGACGUAGUAAGCUGAUCACAACUAAGGAAAUUACCACAACAACUCCUGCUAUACUAAACACAUUUUUCGUUAACGUCACAGCAGAAAUGGCUCCAGACGGUAAAUUAAUCGUUUACUAUAAAAGACCAAAUGGUGAAAUUGUCGCGGACUCCAUUUCUUUUAGUAUUCAAGGACUCUUUGAAAAUGCGAUAACUGUGGAUUUUGAUCAAGCUAAAGUAAAACCUGGGGCACCUGUUAAACUAACAAUUAAAGGUGAACCAGGAUCCAUGGUUAGUUUACGAACUGUAGAUAAAAGUGUUGAUCUUUUAAAAUCUGGUAAUGACAUCACAACAGAUACGGUUCUAAAAGAAGUAUUACAGUAUGGUGGUAAUUAUUAUGGUGGGGGAGAUUGGUUUUAUUGUUUCUGGAGAUGGCCAAGAGCCGGCAGUGGCUCAGAUGCUGCGAGUAUUUUCAGGAAUGCCGGUGUUGCUCUUCUAACAGAUGCCAUCUUGUACCAGAAAGAACGUAAUUACAUUUUCCCAAUGUAUGCUAGAAUGGAAAUGACGAUGGAUGACAGUGAUGAUAGUGGAGGGGUCAUGAUGAACGUCGACGCCAGUCCCUCCGCCCCACCUAAAAACUUAUCACCUGUUCAACGGAUUCGAAAAUAUUUCCCGGAAACGUGGCUUUGGCGAACUGUAGCCAUUGGAAAUACAGGACAAGUUGUUUUACAAGAAACAGCACCAGAUACUGUAACUACCUGGACCACCAGUGCCUUUGCUUUACAUCCAUUUAAAGGAUUAUCUGUAGCCAAUAAAACAGCUAAGGUUACAACGUUCAAAGAUUUCUUCGUGAGCCUGAAUCUACCAUAUUCUGUUAUUAGAAAUGAAGUAGUACUUGUGCAAGCGACUGUUUUUAACUAUUUUGAUAGAGUGGUACCUGCCAUGGUUACCCUAUCCCAGAGUUCUGAUUUCGUCAGCAUAAAGAUGCAGAAAUACUUUGUUUUUGGUGAUUUUGUGCAGAAUGAAUGGCAUAUGACCCAAAGACACUUUUUAGGUUGGAUGGAACCAAACAGUGUUAGAUCAACUUAUUUCCCCAUAGCAGUAAGACAAAAGAUUGGUGAUGUGUUAAUAAAUGUUGCUGUACAGUCUUUAUAUGAAAGUGAUGCUGUUGAACGAAAUCUACUGGUUGAGCCAGAAGGAAUAGAAAGAUCUUCUAAUGAACCAGUAUUAGUUAGAUUAGAUAGUACGACCAAGUUUAAACAGUCAGUUACUGUUCGUUUCCCAGAUAAUACAGUGUCUAUGUCACAGAGAGUCCGAAUAAAUGUAGCUGGCGAUAUAUUGGGCCCAUCACUAAACAAUAUUGAUAAACUGUUAAAGAUGCCUUAUGGGUGUGGCGAACAAAACAUGUUAAACUUUGCACCAAGUAUUUACGUCACCAAAUAUCUAAGAAAAACUGGUCGCCUUACAACAGAAAUAAAGAAGAAAGCAACGGCCAUCAUGGAAAAAGGAUACCAGAAAGAAUUAGCUUAUCAACAUAAAGAUGGUUCCUUCAGUGCAUUUGGUGAUAAACACAGUAAUGAAUCUGGUAGUAUGUGGUUAUCGGCGUUUGUAACUAAAUGUUUCUGUCAAGCUGUUGAUAUGAUUACUAUUGAUGAGAACGUGAUAGAGAAGAGUAUAUUAUGGAUGAUUUUUGCACAGAACCGUGAUGGUAGUUUCCCAGAACCCGGCAAAGUCUUCAAUAAAAGAAUGCAGGGAGGAUCAGGAUCUGGAGAGGCUUUAACAGCUUAUGUUUUAAUCGCUUUGAAAGAGGCAGAACAGUUUUUGUUAGAACAAGGACCAAUGAUGACUAAAACACUAGAAGUGGUACGAUUAUCUAUACGUUCUGCUCAACUAUACCUAGAGAAACAGUAUAUGAAUAUAACUGAUGCCUAUGAUAUAGCUAUCGUAACGUAUGCUCUACAAACAACAGCUAGUGAAGCAACAUUACCAGCUAUAGUUAAAAUGAACCAACUGGCAACUAGUGCUGAUGGUGUAAAAUAUUGGAAACGUCCAUCACCCCCAGAAGAUGCUAAUCGCUAUAGAUAUUAUUGGUAUCGUAAAAACGAUGCUAUUAAUAUUGAGGCCACAGCAUAUGCUCUCCUAGUUAUAACAGGUACCAAACAAGUUAACGAUGGUUUACCUGUUUUACGAUGGAUCAGUAAUCAACGAAAUCCAGAAGGUGGUUUUACUUCUACUCAGGAUACUAUUCUGGCAAUUGAAGCUUUAUCUAAUUAUGCUGGAGAAACUUACACACCAACUACAAAUUUAAAUAUCCAAGUCAGCUGGGCAAGUGGCUCUAAAAUGUUCAACGUAAACUCACAGAAUUCGCUUUUACUCCUCUCGGAAGAUGUCAAUCUGAGCCAGACUAACAUUCAACAACCAAUGACAUUUAAUAUUGAAGGUGAUGGGUCCGGUACAGCUUUAGUGGAGAUAGCUACAUAUUACAACGUAGAACAGAAUGCUAUUAAUCCAUCAUUUAAUCUUAACACCACAGUGAAGAACAGCUUAACCGAUUCCUUCAUACUGGAAGUCUGUUUCAGCUAUCAGAAGUCUGGAAAUGCCAGUAUGAGUGUAAUUGAAGUGGGCGUACCUACUGGAUUUGAAGCCGAUAUUUCAACACUUCCAGAACUUCCAAAUCUGAGCAAGCAUGAAACUGGUGACAGAAAACUUACUCUUUAUUUUGACCAGGUUUCACACGACUGGACGUGUAUGGACAUACAGAUGAAUAUGUUUGACCCCGUAGCUAAAGGUCAACCUGUACCUGUCAGAAUAUAUGAUUAUUAUGAACCAGACGAUGAAUAUACUAUGUUUUAUCGAAGAAAGGAGGCAUCAGUUUGUGAGGUGUGUCCUGGGUGUGGAUUGUGCGUUCAGUGGAGAAGAUAAUUGAAGGAACAGAUAAAGUUCAAGAAGUGAUAUCAGAUGGCUGGACCAUUACUUUAUUAAUUCCUUUUUUGUUCUAUUUUGACCAGCUCAAUCUAAGUUGUAAUUUAGAGAUUUUGCUUUUACUUAAGUUGUAUAUAGCCAAAUAUACAAUUAUGUUUUAUCGUUAAUAAGAAUACUGUUCAUUGUAAAGUUCUUUUUAUAUCUUAAUCUUUCCUGUUGAAGAAAUAAAGCCUAUAUUUUAUUAUACAAA